GAUACGGUUCACUGUGCGUCGCAUUAAAAAGGAACAAUCAGAGGAAAAUGAGUUGUGUUACGUCGCUUGGGGCACAUGUUUUUAUGACAACAUAUCUACUCUUCGUGAUGGGAUGCGUGGCACAGAAAGUGUACUUUGACUGUGGUGCCAAGGUGGAUGUGGUGGAUGUCCAAGGCCUGAUAUUGUCCCCUGGCUUCCCCUACAACUACUCCUCUGGGACACACUGUGUUUGGCAGUUCUUUGUGCCUGUUGAUUACCAGCUUAUUCUAGAGAUAUUUGACUUUGAUGUGUUUGAAAGCCAUGAAUCCACUGCACAGUACUCUGCCAUCUCUAAUUUUGAAGAGGAAGAGGCAGACGAAGAGGUGACUUUCACGCCUGGCAGCUUAGCGGCAGAUGAAAUUUCCUCAGCAGAUAAAGAUCCUGUGCCUCAGAGUGCUGAGGCCAUCACAAAGACUCAGCAGUCCCCCCAAGACAGUCAGGUGAAGCAGGUGGUGGUCCAGGAACAGUCCACAAAGAUGGAGAUUGCCAAAGUCUCAAAUUCUGCCAAAAGAUCUGCAGAUUCCUCCUCUGGUCAAACAUUGCCACCUUCCCCUUCUCUCUUCGUCCCCCCUGGAGCUGGGCGUCCUGGAGAGAGGGCUGUCAACGCGGCCUCCUCGUCUUACCUUAGGGUAGACCUUAACCCCAGUUCUAACUUGAGUACAGUUGUGGAGGAGACCACCCUUUUCACGCCACACUCCACUGACACUCCAGCUGUGAGCCCUGAAACUCAGCAGUCGGUGCUUGAUGCUUGCCCUCACGAUGUCCUCUAUAUCUCAGACCUCAUCACCUUCUCCUCCAGGUUCUGUGGGUCCAACCGGCCCCCUAGCAGCCAGCUGGUUUUCGGCUCCAGCCAGGAAAUGGUGGAGGUCAUCAUGGAGCUCAUUACCACUACUCACUGGGGCCGUGGCUUUGCUCUCAUCUUCCACUACCACAAUCUGACUGAGCCAGGUGGGGACCGGCAUACCUUUGCUCCUACAGCCAACAAGGUUGACUCUCUGCUGGCUGCUGUGAGUGGAGCUGCCUUCUUCGCCAUGAUACUUACAAGUGCCCUAUGCAUCAUUUUCAGACCCAAACUGUGUCCAAAAAGAGACAGCUCCUGCGCAUCCAGCAACUCUGAGGUGCCAGAGGGUGUCCAGAACAGCGGGGCCGAGGUCAGCGAGCUGAGGCUGAUGGCCGAGAAUCAGCCCAACCUGGUAGUAUCAACAGAGCAAGACAACAACAACGACAGUUCGCUACACACAGUCAGUGCUGGUGGGGACAUUUCCCAGGAUGCAGAGGUGGAUCUGUCCACCAGCGGAUUGACUGAACUCGACCUCGGUGCAGAUGAGGUGUUCAUUGUAUCAUCGGCCCCCAGCCCAAUCAGGCUGCCCUUCUCCCCUCACACGCAGCGGGAAAGGUUCCUGCGGCACAGUGACACUGGACCCAGUCCUGCAGGUGACUGGCCUUCAUCAGACUCCACCACUUCACCGACUGGCACCAGGACCGCUAAAGAUGGCAGGAGCAGCUGUGCCAGACCAAGAGCAUGGAGCGUACGCACCUUCCAGGACUUCCUCCCUCCACUGCCACAGCUGCAUAAGAAGUGGUGCAGUUGGAACUCCACCAGUCCUUUCACCAAGCUGGUGGACAGCGCUCCAUCCAGUCUUGGAGCUGACUGCAGAGGAGACGACAGAAGGAGGGUCUUCUCAGAUGUUCAUCUGGAAGCCAAGGCAGACAACAGCACCAUCUCUGACUCAUCCAUCAGCAAUGCCUCUUACCCACUCGCGCAGCCUGCCCAGAGGCAGCGGCGUCUCAACUCCACCAGCAACCUGCGGCGCUCACGUUUCACAGGGCCUUGCUUUGGCCUGCUGUCUGCCACGGCAGAUCCAGCGAAGGCCUCUGGGGCUUCUCUUGCCCAGGGCUCCCCAUCAGAGCCCACUUCUGGCUCUUCUUCCUCCACCCAGUGUCAGAUGGAGAGUGGCCAGGCUGGAAAGAGGCGAGAUUUCCCUGGCGAGGGUGAUCACAUCAGCGUGCCUGUGUUUGCCAUCUCUGAGGAAGAGGACCGGCAGCCUCUGGUCUCAGCUGAGCAACUGGACCAGAGCUCUGCCUCCGCCAUGCUGAAUGGACUGGUUAGAGGGACAUUUGAGGGGAAGAGGCCUGCCAUAGCAACCACCAGCCUUAGCCCGCAGAGCCAGAGAGCCAGACCGGAGUGGAGGCCGUGGGGGAGUCAGGUGUCAGGAGGAGUGGGUCCGCUCCCUUCCAACUCACCCACCACCACCACCACCACCACCACCAUCACCAAGUCAAACACAGUGAAUGACAGCCAGCUUUCUCUCAGUCAGUCAACAGUGCUGUGCAGUGUGACCAACCAGAUGUGACUGGAGGGGCCUUAAGAUGUUGAAAAGAGCAGGGACUCUGGUGGGCCAGUUAAGCAUUUCUGAACUCUUAGUGUCACUUUCUUUAAUAUAUAUAUAACCUUCUUCUUUAAUUCCUGAAAUCAACUUUUGCAAAAAAUUAUUAUUACAUAUUUUGUAGCUUCCUGCUGGAAAAAUAUAUUCUUCUAAAUCUGUCUGUUCUCUGUUUUCUAUUAAGCUGUGUUUGGACAAAGAUGGAAUAAUAUGCUGCUUAUAAUGCCAAGGCACUGACUGCUGUGGUAUCAUGUGUUUAAAAAUGAUGACUGAUUGCAACCAUGAACAAAAGUAUUUUUUUUUUGAAUGAGUACUUCAGAAACCCCAACUCUUAGGAACACUUUUUAACUAGAUUUAUUAACCAGUUUGAUGCUUUUCAGUGAGUUAUAAUACUCCAACCAUUGCACUUUGCUUUCAAUAGCUCAUUCAUUGUGGAUUUUGUGCUACCCUGUGCCAAUGUUCUGCUUUUUCUUUAAUAUUGGUCUUUGUGUGGCUAUUUUUUUUAGCGCAGGCUAAGACUUAUUACCCAAAAGUGUUCUGCAGAGCAUAGAUCAUACAAUAAUAUCAGUGUUGCAACAGUGUAUACAUAUGUACUUCUACAGCUGAUACUGGAUUAUAAAAGGGAAAUCAAAGUAAUGUAAAAGCAUAUACUAAUGUACACUAUUAGAAAAAAAAAUAGUAUAAAGAUCUAGAAAUCACAAUAGUAUUUAAAAUGGGUUGACAUGAAUUAAUGUAAAGUUAUA